AAACAACCUUCCUUGCCACUCGCAGAACAAAACAAGAAUCGACAUUGAACUUGAAUGCUACUGAGAGCAUCGUCUGUUGCCAGUCCACGACGAGAAACCCGAGUAGAAACAUGUCCCGAGUAUCGCUCAAGGUUUUGUUCAGCCUUUUUAUAUGGGCGAUCGUAUUAACGACAUCUCACUCUUCAGAAGUGGCCGAAAAUCUGACAGAGACAGAUUCAGAUGACGCAGAAUUCAGACAAGGUGGAAUAGCUCAACAACUCAUGUCUAGUUAUCCUGCUAUGUCUAUGGGCAAUAUCUAUGGGGGAAACACUGGCGGAUACCAAAUGAUGGGUGCCGGUUCUGGAGCUAACGGGGGAGGAUAUGUCAACAUGCUAAGAAACUUAUACAGGCCACCUUCUUUCGGACUGACCGACAAAGUUAAGCACUGGGUUAAGUCUUUUAUGAACAGAAGACAAUAUGUAAAACCUUACUACAAUCCAACUGGAGGUCUAUCAUAUGCUGCUGGUGAAUACGGUGCCAAGCCUAUGUUCGGUGGUGCUAACGGUUACAAGGCUAUCUCUGUGCCUCUGCGACAACUUCAGAAAUACUACAAACCGUACUACGGAAAUUCUGAAGCUGGAAGCCCACAAUACUUGCAGUCUGCAGGAGGAUCUUCUCCGGGUGCAGCAGGUUCCUUUAUGAGUUACAGUCCCAAUGCUGGUGGAGUAGGUUCCAAUAAUGGACUGUAUGCUAGCGAAAGUGCCAGCGCAGGACACUUCACUGGAGGUACUAGUGGACUAUAUGGUUCUUCUGCUGAUGCGGCCAGCGCACUGUAUGGAGCAGGCGGACCUGCAAGCAGCGGUAUCUUUUCCUCAGGAAACAGUCCUUCAGGAGGAUUGUUCUCCUCAGGAAGUGGAGUCAGUAGUGGCCUUUUUAGCUCUUCAGGAGGAUCGAGCGGAUUAUUCUCUGGCAGCGAUGGAUCCAAUGGUGGGAUGUACUCUGGUUCCGGUCUUUCGAGUGGCGGACUUUACGGCUCCAGUGGGAGUCCUAGCAGUGGACUCUAUCAUGGAUCCAACGGUGGUACAAGUGGACCAGUUUUUUCUUUAGAUGGCAAUAGUAACAGUGGAAUGUAUGGAUCUGAAGGCAGCAGCUCAUACUUUGGUGCCAAUGGUGGAGCAGAAGGAUAUGGAUCUAGCGCUGCAGCAAGUAGCCUUCUGGCAUCUUUAAAUAGCGGAUCCAAUGGAGGAAACUAUGGCGAUCUCUAUGCUAGUGGCGCCAGUCCAUCGGCCGCAGUAUACAGCCCAUCAGGUAAUAAUGGCAGAAAUUAUGGAAAUUCAAACAACAAGCAACCAUCUUAUGGAGCCAGCAACAGUGCUCUUUACAUGUCUUCAGAUGACAGAAGUUCCGAAUCUUAUCCCGCUUCAAAAUCCUCAAAAGAACAUAGCAAUUAUAAUGCAGAUUCAUCCAGAAACACAGAAACCUCCUAUUCGGUGUCUUUCCAGCCUGCACAAGGUAAAUCUUACAGCGCAGCUUUUGAAAGUGCUGGUUUCCAGCCAGUAGCCUACUCAUCUGAAUCUGGAAAUGCUCAAGGAUUUCAGGAGAAAAGUUCUUAGACAUCCUGAUGGACUUUGCAAUUUCCAAAAGCUCAUGUGAGCAGACUUUGGGUUGUUUCCAUGAUCAGAUAAAGCUCAAAUUGCUGACAUGGAAAAAAAUAACCCACUCUAAAACAAUCCUACGUCAUCUUUUUAUGUGUUGGUAAAAAAGCUUUUUGUUAAGACCCUACACUGUGAUUAGGGAACAGCCUAUUUAAAAUAGAAUUACUUUUCUGUAGUUCGGUUACUGGUAGUAUAAUUGUCAGCUGGACUGACAUUUUUAGUACCUUUUCUUGAGCAGAAGUAGAAAGAAUGUACAUUUUUUUCAUUUACUGCAUCAACAAAAGGUUUCUUUUCUAAGAAAAGAACAAAAUUUACCACUUCCUUUAGGCAUAUAACAAUUUUAGACAUUAUUUAUUUUUGAUGUCUUUUAUUGGUAUGUUUAAAAGGCAAGUACAAGCAGUAUAUGCUCAAUUUUGAAAUAAGAAUGUAUAUAUUUCUCAACUUAAUAUAUUCGAUUACGAAAAAUAUAAAUUAUUUGUUCAAUAAGAAUGCAAUGCUUUGCCUUUCUAUUUAGACGGCAAAGCUUUACAUUUUUUUGUUAGUUGUUUAGAAAAAAAUACUCAUCUAUAAUGUACUUUUAUGAAUAUAAAAUGUCUGAUUUGUAAGGAGCAUUUUAAUGUGAAUUUCAAAAAAAAAAAAUGUUUAUUUAUUUAUUUAUGUUUCUUCACUCUGUUGUUUUGUGUGCA